GCGAGCGUCCACACUGAGCAAGCUGCUGUAGGAAUUUCUUCGGCUCUCCCGACCUUGGGCACUUCCAACCUCAUUCCUCAACAUGAAGGCGCUAAGCCCGGUGCGCGGCUGCUACGAGGCGGUGUGCUGCCUGUCGGAACGGAGCCUAGCCAUCGCGCGGGGCCGCGGCAAGGGCCCGGCAGCCGAGGAGCCGCUGAGUCUGCUGGAUGACAUGAACCACUGCUACUCGCGCCUGCGGGAACUGGUACCCGGAGUCCCGCGAGGCACUCAGCUUAGCCAGGUGGAAAUCCUGCAGCGUGUCAUCGACUACAUCCUCGACCUGCAGGUGGUCCUGGCCGAGCCCGCCCCUGGACCCCCAGACGGCCCGCAUCUUCCCAUCCAGACAGCGGACCUCUCCCCGGAACUUGUGAUCUCCAACGACAAGAGGAGCUUGUGCCACUGACCUGGCCGUCCUGGCGCCUCCAGAACGCAGGUGCUGGCGCCCGUUCCGCCUGGGACCCCAGGACUCUGUCUGUGGCCGGAAGCCCAAGGGCAUGGAUGGACCCCAGCCUCUCCCUGCCCACUUCACUUCCCAAACCCCUGCCUCGAGGCUGGACCUGGUGCCCGGGAGCGAAGGACUGUGAACUUUAAGGUGGCCUAAAGAGCCAGAGCAAGCUCUGGGCACCGACUGGGCAACGUCACCCCCCCCUCCCAAGUUCUAAAGACUGUCCGAGUGUGGAGGGGUGUGGUGGGGGGAGAGUGGCUGCUCCAAACUCUGCCAAGGCCAGCGGUAGAGCUGGCCUUCUGGUCUCGGAAAAAGGCUCUGUUGCCCUGAUUAUGAACUCUAUAAUAGAGUAUAUAGCUUUUGUACCUUUUUUGCAGGAAGGUGACUUUCUGUAACCAUGCGAUGUAUGUUAUUAAACUUUUUAUAAAAGUUAACAUUUUGCAUAAUAAACGGUUUUUAAACA